AUGGUAUUUUUUGCUUUGUUCAUUACCUUUAUUAUUUUGUUGGCUUGGCCUUUCUUCCACUGGAUACAACAAAAAAAAAUUAUUGUCUCUAAAUACGAUGACAAUAAAAAGCUAUUGCACCUGAACGACUACCCGAUUAUCGGCGCAUCUUUAAGAUUUAUAGGCGACGGGGAAGGAAUGUACACAGAAAUGUUGAAACUAGUAGAGAGGUACCGAAAACACGGAAUGUUUGUAGUGCAGAUGGGAAUGAACCCGUUCUUAGUCAUUUUUCAGGCUGAAUAUAUGCAAAAAAUUCUCGGCAGUAGCAAACAUUUGGAUAAAAAUAAGACUUAUGAAUUUGUACAUCCUUGGCUGAGACUUGGGCUUAUUACAAGAUCUAUCUAUCUAUCUAUCUAUCUAUCUAUCUAUCUAUCUAUCUAUCUAUCUAUCUAUCUAUACACACUGUGUCCUACUGGGGAAAAAUGGGCAAAACGGAGAAAGAUGUUGACACCUUCCUUUCAUUAUAACAUUCUGAAUGAUUUUAUCGUGAUAUUUAAUGAGCAAGCAUUAAUUAUGUGUGAGAAAUUAGAAAAACAUAUUGGACAAGGAGAGUUUAAUAUCUCUCCGUAUAUCACGCUUUGUGCUUUGGAUAUCAUUUGCGAAACAGCCAUGGGGAAACAUCUAAAUACACAGAAUGACAACAGUUCUCAAUAUGUAAAAGCUUUACAUCAUGUUUGUGAAAUCCUAGUGCAGCGCCAAAAAUCUCCAUGGGUGUGGCCGAAUUUAUUCUUCUACCUUUUCGGAGAUGGCCGUAAAUUCGACAAGUGCCUUAAAAUCCUUCACGGCUUUACAAAAGAUGUUAUAGAAAACCGCCAAAAAGAAUAUAAUGAAAACGAGGCAAAACUGAUGGAAGCAGAAGCAGACGAUGCCGAUGAAUCAAAUGUUUAUAUCAAGAAAAAAAGACGCGCAUUUUUGGAUUUGUUGCUUUACAACUGGCAUCGAGGUGAAUUGACGACAGAAGAUAUCCAAGAGGAAGUUGAUACAUUCAUGUUUGCGGGACAUGAUACAACAUCAGUUAGCAUGAUGUGGGGAUUGUACAUGAUUGUUUCACACCCUGAAGUCUACAGAAAAGUUAACCAGGAAAUCGAUGAUGUCUUUGGUGAUUCCGACAGACUAACCACGCCGGAAGAUCUGAAGAAAUUGGAUUACUUAGACAUGGCUUUGAAGGAGAGUAUGAGAAUUCAUACGUCAGUGCCAAUGAUUGGAAGAACAACAACGGAGGAUCUUGAAAUCGAUGAUUACAAAAUUCCUGCAAACACCUGGGUUACUUUGUUUAUUGGUGGUCUACACAGAGACCCACAUUAUUUUCCGGACCCAUUGGUUUACAACCCUGAUCGAUUCCUACCUGAAAAUAUAAAAGAAAGACAUCCCUAUGCAUUCAUUCCUUUCUCUGCUGGUCGGCGGAAUUGCAUCGGUCAGAAGUUUGCAACAGCCGAAGAGAAGACUUUAUUGUCUUGGAUAUUUCGAAAAUUUUGGGUUGAGACAACACAGACAGAAGCAGACAUUCAUCCAGAGAAUGGUCUUGUGUUGAGACCAAAAAUCAAGACGAGAUCAUAUCUAUCUGUCUAUCUAUCUAUCUAUCUAUCUAUCUAUCUAUCUAUCUAUCUAUCUAUCUAUCUGAUUCGGUGGGAAGAGAAAAUAUCAUCUUAUAAAGGAAAGAGGCAGAUUUUUCACAUCACUUCCGGUCUUCGUGAGGCCGUUAAACUCUUUACUCAACAAACUGCCAACUCGAAAUUUACAGCACGUAAUUAUGGUGUUCUUUUUGGGUUGAUGUCUCUGUCAAUAUCUAUCACUGACUUUCUUUCUUUCUUUCUUUCUUUCUUUCUUUCUUUCUUUCUUUCUUUCUUUCUUUCUUUCUAA